AUGAACGGAACAACACACACUAACGGCACAAGCACGCAUGUGCUGUCUGACGAGUCCAUCCCGCCCUCGGAAUACCAAGAACGAAUAGAGAAUGUGCGAAAUGGACUUCGAUCAGCCGGUCUUGUCGGUCUCAUCUCAUUUGGAGACUGCUGGCGCGGCGCCAACAUCUGCUACUUCACCGAAUUUCGACCUUUGGAUGGUGUGUCCGAUAUCGCGAACGCGAUCUUCUUUCUCGGCGUAGAUGAAAAACAGCCGGUUCUAUUCGUAUCGAAGCAAUGUGUCCACUAUGCCACCGAAGUCACCUCCUUUCCGGUCUCCAGCUUCGACGAGAUGAAGCCACGACUCGAAGCGUUCGCCGCUCGUGUUCACACGGGCACACUGGGACUGGCGGGCGCGUUUUAUUUCCCUGAGGAUCUCAGUCGCAGAGUGAGAGAAUCAAUCGGCAAUCUCAUUCUGAAGGAGACACAGGUUCUUGCCGAGAUCAAGGCAAUCAAGAGCAAACGCGAAGUAGCCCUGAUUCGCAAGGCAUCCGCAUUGACCGACAUGGCCAUGGUGGCUAUCCGUGACACUCUGGCAGACGGAAAUCCUCACACAGAGCGAGAACUAGCUCUGAUCGCCGACCGCGCCAUGCUAGCAGGAGGAGCAGAACGCACCGGCUACGACUCGAUGGUUCAAGCCGGGCCUCGGUCAGCAUUCAACCUGGCCCGUCCAACAGACCGCAUCGUGCAACCUGGCGACCUCGUCAUGACAGAUAUCGGCGCCCGUUAUCGCGGCUACGUCGCCGACGGCGGAAGAGGCUUCACGUACGGCAACGCAAGCGCCGAAAAGAUCGCCAUCGUCAAAGCUGCGGCGUCGGCGGUUGAGGCCGGUCUUGCAGCUGCUCGACCGGGCAUUACCGCUUCAGAUCUCAAUAAAGCAAUUCAGCAAGCGUUACUUAAGUCUGGAUACGAGCAGUAUUCCAGCGAAGCACGCGGCCAUGGGACAGGCCAUGGAACGGGGAUGGAUCCUGAAGAGGAACAACCGUGGAUUGGACCGGGUAACAAAACAAUACUCCGCGAGAAUAUGGUGUUCACAUUAAAGGCAACUAUUACGGUGCCCGGGGUGGGAGGCCUUCGGACCGAACGCAUAGUUCGACUGACUGAGGAUGGGUGCGAACCGUUGGAUGUGUUUCCAAUGGAGUUGUAUUGGUAG